AGCAUCAGGAAAACCACACAGUUCAUUAAAGAGAAGAUCAAAAAUGGACAUGGACUCUCCACCGAAAGAUCCAUCAAUCUGUUCCUCUGUCUGCUGGAAGUGAAAGAUCAGACUCUGUCCAGAGAGAUUCAGGAGUUUGUGAAAUCAGACAAACUCUCAGAGAAGAAACUCUCUGCUGCUCACUGCUCAACAAUCGCCUACAUUCUUCAGAUGUCAGAGGAGCCGCUGGAUGAGCUGGACCUCAAGAAAUACAUCACAUCAGAUGAGGGGAGAAGAAGACUGGUACCAGCUGUGAUCAACUGCACAAAAGCUCUACUUGCUGGCUGUAAUUUUACUGGUCAGUCUUGUGAGAGUUUGUCAUCAGCUUUACAGUCUCCAAACUCUGUCCUGAGAGAGCUGGAUCUGAGUAACAAUGAUCUGCAGGAUUCAGGAGUGAAGCUGCUCUCUGAUGGACUGAAGAGUCCAAACUGUCAGCUGGAGAUACUGAGGUUGUCUGGCUGUAUGGUGACAGAGGAAGGCUGUGGUUAUGUGUCUUCAGCUCUGAUUUCAAACCCCUCACACCUGAGAGAGCUGGAUCUGAGCUACAAUCACCCCGGAGAUUCAGGAGGCCGGCUGCUCAACCACAAACUGCAGGAUCCAACCUAUAAACUGCAGAUACUCAAUUUGGAUCAUGGAGGACAUUUUAGGAUCACACCAGGUCUGCGAAAAUAUGCCUGUGAUAUCACACUGGAUCCAAACACAGUGCACACUCAACUCAUCCUUUCUGAAGGGAACAGAAAAAUAACAUGUGUGAAAGAGCAUCAGCCGUAUCCUGAUCAUUCAGAGAGAUUUGAGCGCUUUGAGCAGAUUCUGUGUAGAGAGAGUCUGACUGGACGCUGUUACUGGGAGGCUGAAUGGAGCAGCUCGGGUCAUGUAGCAGUGGCAUAUAAAGGAAUCAACAGGAAGGGAGGAAUUGAUUGUUGGUUUGGACUCAAUGAAAAGUCCUGGAAUAUUUACUGUUGUGAUAUGAUUUACACUGUCUGGCACAAUAAUAAGAGCACAGAUAUUCCUCGCUCUUCAUCCUCUCAUAGAGUAGGAGUGUAUCUGGACUGGUCGGCCGGCACGCUGUCCUUCUACAGCAUCUCUGACACACACACACUCACACACUUACACACAUUCAACACCACAUUCACUGAACCCCUCUAUGCUGGGUUUAAGGUUUAUUCUGAUUCUUCCGUGUUUCUAUGUCAGAUUUAACAACAUUCCUGUGAGGAACUGCAGAGACACAA